AUGUGGACCCGAGAUGACAUGUCAAGAACAAAUAAACCGCCACCAGUCCACCCGCCGGCCAGAGGCCUACCCGUAAAUCCCCUGGGAGCCACUGAACCUUGGAACGCAGACCAGCCAGCUGGCACCCAGACCUGACCGCAGCCCCUGCAGCCCUUCAUCCCUCCUUUUCUUCUCCUGUGCUCAGCAUGUGGACAUGGGGGCCUGGACAACCUGAUCGCCAACGCGGCCUACCUGCAGGCCCGGACCGGAGGGAGACAGCAGGGAGCUGCAGCGGCGCCCCGCCAGGCCCUGCCCCCCGACUUCCACAGCCUGUGCGAGCAGCAGCCCAUCGGCCGCCGCCUCUUCCGGGACUUCCUAGCCACGGUGCGAUACCGAGAAGCCGUGGCCUUCCUGGAGGGGGUGCAGAGCUGGGAGCUGGCCGAGGAAGGCCCCAACAAGAGCAGCAUGCUGCAGGCACUGGUGGCCACUGCUGCGGGCGCCCCUGCCCCUGGGCACCCACACCCCUUCCUCAGCCCAGCUCUGGCCAUCAAGGGCCACGCGGCCACCACCGAGGACGAGUGAGUGGCCCUGGUGACACUAGCCAAGGCUGAGGCCAUGGUCUUCUUGCAGGAACGGCCCUUGCGGGACUCCCUGGCCAGCCCCUUCUACGACAGUUUCCUGCAGUGGAAAGUCCUUGAGACGCAGCCAGGGUCCCACAAGUACUUCACCGAGUUCCGCGUGCUGGGCAAAGGUGGUUUUGGGGAGGUACGUGCUGUCCAGGUGCAAAACACCGGGAAGAUGAACGCCUGUGCGAAACCGGACAAGGAGCGGCUGAAGCUGAAAAAUGGCGAGAAAACAGCUCUCUCGGAGAAGGAAAUCUUGGCGAGGAUCACAGUUUUCAUCGUCUCUCUGGCCUAUGCCUUUGAGAGCAAGUCCCAUCUCUGCCUGGUCAUGAGCCUGAUGAAUGGGGGAGACCUCAAGCUCCACAUCUCCAGCCUGGGCACGCGAGGCCUGGCCACGAGCGGGGUGGUCUUCUACGCACCCAGACGACCUGCGGGGCUGCACCUUCGCUCUCUCGGCAUCGUCUACCGGGACCUGAAGCCUGAGAAUGUGCUUCUGGACCACCUUGGCCACUGCAGGCUGUCUGACCUGGGGCUGGCCGUGCACCCGGAUGGCAAGCCUGUCACCCAGAGGUGAGCUGGAACCAAUGGUUAUAUGGCUCCUGAAAUCCUAAUGGAAAAAGUGAGUUAUUCCUAUCCUGUGGACUGGUUUGUAAUGGGAUGCAGUAUUUGAACACCAUUCAAGGAUUACAAGGAAAAAGUCAGUAAAGAGGAUUUAAAGCAAAGAACCCUGAAAGAAGAGUUUAGAUUUCAAUAUGAUAACUUCACAGAAGAAGAUAUUUGCAGACUUUUCUUGGCUAAGAAACCAGAGCAACGCUUAGGAAGCAGAGAAAAGUCUGAUGAUCCCAGGAAACACCCUUUCUUCAAAACCAUCCACUUCCCUCGCCUGGAAGCAGGCCUAGUUGAACCCUCAUAUGUGCCAGACCCUUUGGUGGUUUACGCCAAAGACAUCAAUGACAUUGAAGAUUUCUCGGAAGUUUGAGGAGUCGAACUUGAGGAUAAAGAUAAGAAAUUCUUCCACAGAUUUGCAACAGGUGCUGUCCCCGUAGCGUGGCAGGAAGAGAUCAUAGAAACGGGACUGUUUGAAGAACUGAAUGACCCCAACAGGCCUGCAGGUUGUGGGGAGGGUAAUUCAUCCAAGUCUGGUGUGUGUUUGUUAUUACAAGUUGCUCGCUCUGCCAGACGGGCAGCAGGAGUCUCAGCCGACCUAAUCCUCGACUGUUCUGUCAACCUAAAAAUUUUAAAAAGGCCUUUCAAAGAGAGAGGCAACAAGCCGUUGCUGGGAUCCAUAAGAAUAGCUAUUUGGGACCCACUGAUUCAGACCGAAGCCCAAAUAGUGUUCCAAUUAGGAGACAAAGCAAUGGGCAUUUAUGAGAAAGAGAAGGGAAACAAUUACAUCAACAGAAGGAAGGCAUUUCUAUUGGUGCAGAUAACAUAA